CUUUCUCCAGCUCUCUCUCUCUCAUAUCUGUAUGUUUCUAUAUAUAGAUAUUAAUUUACAUCGUCGGAAUUCUUUCUUCCUUUUUAUAAUGUCCCAUCGUUUCGCCGGAUUUGGCCUCUGAGAUACCUAAUUUUGUCUGGAUCCGAAAUGCCGCCUCCCUCCUCUGAGAGUGUGGGGGGAACACGGCUGUGUCUUUGUUCAUUGGUUGCUAUGUUCAUCUCUUCCGGCGGCAUUGUAUCGAUCUCCGAUUGCCGUCCGAUGUCCUGCGCUCAUUUGUCUUCGCUUAUAUCCUGUUUGUUUGUGCGGCUGAGUUGACUCAGUGAGCUGGACGGUGAGAGUUUCCAAUUUUGUUGGAUAGGAGAGAGUAGUGUAAAUCAAUCUGUAGAGGAGGCUAUAGAUGGAUUCUUCAGGGGUACAACAGAGGAGAGGAGGUGGUGGAAUGGUGUCGCUAUCUCCUUCUCAGACUCCGCGAUCCACAGAUAAAGCUGCUGUGAGGGAUCUACGAUCAGCAGAUUCAGGUUCCAGUACCAGACAUGACAAAGAGAAAGGAGUAAAUGUGCAGGUUAUUGUGCGUUGCAGGCCAUUGAGUGAGGAAGAAAUGAAGGUUCGUGCUGCACCGGUGAUUUCCUGUAAUGAAAGUAGAAGGGAAGUCACAUCAGUUCAGAGUAUUGCUAACAAGCAGAUUGAUAGAACAUUCCAAUUUGACAAGGUUUUUGGUCCUAGUGCCAAGCAAAAAGACUUGUAUGACCUCGCAGUGUCUCCAAUCGUGUAUGAAGUUCUUGAGGGCUAUAAUUGCACCAUCUUUGCCUAUGGUCAGACAGGCACAGGAAAGACAUACACUAUGGAAGGGGGAGCUAGGAAGAAAAAUGGAGAAUUUUCAGUUGAUGCUGGUGUUAUUCCUAGAGCUGUUGAACAAAUUUUCAAGAUACUAGAAGCUCAGCACGCCGAGUACAACAUGAAAGUCACGUUUUUGGAGCUUUACAAUGAGGAAAUAACAGACCUUUUGGCCCUUGAAGAAACUCCGAAGUUUGUUGAUGACAAAUCGAAGAAACCCAUAGCCUUGAUGGAAGAUGGCAAAGGUGGUGUUCUUGUGAGGGGUCUGGAAGAAGAGAUAGUAUGUACUGCUGAUGAGAUCUACAAAAUAUUGGAGAAGGGCUCUGCAAAGCGGCGUACAGCAGAGACUCUUCUUAACAAGCAAAGUAGUCGUUCUCACUCAAUAUUUUCCAUCACCAUUCACAUUAAAGAAGUUACUCCGGAGGGGGAAGAGAUGAUAAAGUGUGGAAAGCUGAAUCUUGUUGAUCUAGCUGGGUCAGAGAACAUUUCACGUUCUGGAGCACGAGAGGGUAGAGCAAGGGAAGCAGGAGAGAUUAAUAAAAGCUUGCUUACACUUGGUCGUGUGAUAAAUGCUCUUGUCGAACAUUCUGGCCAUAUACCUUAUAGGGACAGCAAAUUAACAAGACUACUGAGGGAUUCACUGGGAGGCAAAACAAAGACAUGCAUUAUUGCUACUGUAUCACCAUCUAUUCAGUGUUUGGAAGAAACACUCAGUACACUAGAUUACGCACAUCGUGCCAAGAAUAUUAAAAACAAGCCAGAGAUCAAUCAGAAGAUGAUGAAAUCUGCCAUGAUCAAGGAUCUGUACUCUGAAAUUGACCGAUUGAAGCAAGAGGUUUAUGCUGCGAGAGAGAAAAAUGGUAUCUAUAUCCCACGAGAUCGCUAUCUGCAAGAAGAAGCUGAAAAGAAGGCCAUGGCAGAAAAAAUAGAGCACAUGGAAAUGAAUUCAGAGUCUAAAGACAAGCAAUUGAUGGAGCUUCAGGAUCUCUACAAUUCUCAACUUAAUUUGACAGCAGACCUGUCUGAGAAUCUUGACAAAACGAAGAGGAAACUUGAAGAAACUGAAGAUUCUUUGUCAGAUCUUGAAGAGAAACACAGACAAGCAAAUGCAACAAUAAAGGAGAAAGAGUUCUUGAUAUAUAAUCUUCUGAAAUCUGAGAAAGCAUUGGUGGAACGUGCAGUUGAGCUGAGGGCAGAACUUGAAAGUGCUGCAUUGGAUGUAUCCAGUCUAUUCUCCAAAAUUGAGCGGAAAGAUAAAAUUGAAGAUGGAAAUAGAGUCCUUGUUCAGAAGUUCCAGUCCCAAUUGACCCAGCAGCUAGAGAUAUUGCAUAAGACUGUGGCAUCCUCAGUCACCCAACAAGAGGCACAACUGAAGGACAUGGAAGAAGAUAUGCAUUCUUUCGUGUCAACCAAGGCUGAGGCUACUGAGGAACUUCGUGGAAGGGUUGGCAAGCUGAAAAUUAUGUAUGGAUCAAGGAUCAAAGCUUUGGAUGAUAUGGCUGAACAGCUUGAAGGAAAUUCUCAAUCAACCUUUUCCAAUCUAAACUCUGAAGUAUCUAAGCAUUCACACGCCCUCGAAGAUCUCUUCCAUGGAAUAUCAUCAGAGGCUGAUGCAUUACUUAAUGAUCUCCAAAGCAGUCUACACAAACAGGAGGAAAAGCUUACAGCCUAUGCACAACAGCAGCGCGAGGCACAUUCCAGAGCAGUGGAAACUGCACGAUCAGUCUCCAAAAUUACAGUCAAUUUUUUCAACACUCUGGAUUCUCAUGCUUCCAGCCUGAACCACAUUGUGGAAGAAGCACAAUCUGUAAAUGAUAAGAAGUUGUCCGAUCUAGAAAAGAAAUUCGAGGAGUGUGCUGCUAACGAGGAAAAGCAAUUGUUAGAGAAAGUGGCAGACCUUUUGGCAACGUCAAACCAAAGGAAGAAGAAACUGGUUCAAAUGGCUGUCCAUGAUCUACGGGAGAGUGCUAACAGUAGAACCAGAAAACUGCAGCAAGAAAUGUCCACCAUGCAAGAUUCAACAUCUACAAUCAAAGCAGAAUGGACGGUCCAUAUGGACAAAACAGAAUCGAACUACCGUGAGGAUACAUCUGCUGUGGAGAAUGGAAAGGAAGACUUGGAAUCAGUCCUUCACAACUGUUUGGACAUGACUCAAAUGGGUGCACAACAGUGGAAGAAUGCCCAAGAGUCGUUGCUUCACCUAGAAAAGACGAAUGUUGCAUCCGUUGAUUCCAUUGUCAGGGGAGGAAUGGAAGCGAAUCAAGCCCUACGUACAAAGUUUUCAUCAGCUGUAUCAGCUGCACUCGAAGAUGCAGAUGUGGCCAACAAUGAUCUCCUUUCCUCCAUUGAUAACGCACUGAAACUCGACCGUGAUGCAUGUGGGAAUAUGAAUGCCAUGAUCGGGCCAUGUUGCGAGGAUUUAAGGGAAUUAAAGGGUGGUCAUCACCACAAGGUAGUGGAGAUCACUGACCAUGCCGGGAAAUGCCUUCUGGAAGAAUACACGGUGGAUGAACCAUCUUGUUCAACACCGAGGAAGCGGGGAUUCAACCUGCCGAGCAUUGGUUCAAUCGAGGAGCUCAGAACUCCUGCAUUCGAGGAGCUGCUGAGAUCAUUCAGAUCCGCAAAGCAGCAUCACCUGCAGCUAUCCAAUGGAGACAUCAACAAGAACGUCGCCGCUGCUGUGGGAACCGGAACCUACGAGUCCGCUAAUAACAAUUCCCCGCAGUCACUGAGAGACUCCAGAGUUCCUCUCACUGCUAUCAACUGAAGCAGGGAGCCAACUUUAGGAGGAUAGAUAUAUCAAAGCAGACUUCCCUUCUCCAUUCUUUUGGUGGCGAAGGAAGCGAUGCAGGUGGCGAUCUCUGUGUGUGUGUUCUAUGUACAGAAAGACAUACAUUCAUUUUGUGUGGCCUGGUGCUGAGUGUGGUCUACUUAAAGUAUAUAUUAGAGAGAGAGAGAGAGAGAGAGAGAGAGAGAGAGAGAGUUUUGAUUGAUUCAUUGGGUAAUAUUAUUGAUUGGUUUUUCUGUUCGUUGGUAACACUCUUUCCUCCCAAGUUUUUUGGGGUGAAUUCAUGUGUACUACAAGGCACGCCAAAACAUAUGCGGUAGUCGUGGUUGGCGCUAGAGUUAAUCACAGACACAGUGGGCAAUGAAAUGAUGGAAAACUGCUCCCCCUUCCUUUUGUUUGGCUUCUGUCUUUGUGAUGAUGAAUCAUGAAACCGACCGUUAGUUGUCGUGUCAUGUCCAUCUGUAAGUUUCAAGUUGUAUGUAUGACUUCAUAACUUAAAACACAAGUCGACCGAAACAAUAUGAAC